AUGUUUGGCUUUGGGCGAGCCUUUAUCCCAGCUGUUCCAGUGCAGCCUGUUGUGAUUUCGUACCCCAAUAAAUUGUCGGUCUUGUGUAGCUACAGGGACACAAGCACAUGGACGUGGCAGGGACCUGGAGCAUUUAAAAUCUUGUGGCUAACCCUCUGCAGGUUACACAAUGAAUUUGUGAUAGAGUUCCUUCCAAUUUACACCCCUUCAGAGGAGGAGAAGAGGAAUCCUGCUCUUGCUGUCAAUGUGAGACGGGUCAUGGCCAAGUAAAGCCCUGGGGUACCCAUCACAGAUUAUUCAUUUGAAGACUGCCAGCUGGCAAUGGCAGAGGGCCAGCUGAGGCUGCCGGUCGACACCUGUCUGCUGGAGUUUGCCAAGCUCGUCAGGAGGCUGGGGUUAAAACCCCAGAACACUGAAAAGGUUCUGCAGGACUAUGGGACAGAGCCAGGAAGCUGGAAGGGGCAGAAGCUGGACUUGGAAGACUUUGCUCACUUCCUCGAUGUGCCAGUUUCCGAUAUGCUGCGCGACAUGUUUUCUCUUUUCAACGAGCAUGAAGAUGGAAGCAUGGACAUUAGAGAAUAUGUUAUAGCCUUAUCCGUCGUGUGCAGGCCCGCCAAAACUCUGGAAACCAUGAAAUUGGCCUUCAAGAUGUUUGAGGCAGAGGAAGACAGUGCCAUCACAGAGAUGGAGCUGGCAGUUAUCCUGAAGACCGCUUUAGGCGUGGCUCACCUGGACGUGUCCCGUCUCUUUACAGCCAUUGAUGUAGACGACACGGGGAAGAUUACGUUUGAUAAGUUCAGAGGUUUUGUGGAGGAGAACCCAGACUUUGCUGAUGACUAUCUUCACACUGAAAGUGUAGGUCCUCAGAGUGGACCUUGCCACGAUCACCACAACCAGAGCAGCCCAUCUACUAUCACCCUGCAAGGCACUGCCAACACCAAAACAGCCAACGGUAUCUGCCCCGACUUCAGCCCUAAAGACCAUGGCGGCACAGUAGAUGGGCUCACGAAGAAACACAACUGAAAGAGGUUUAAAAAAAUCCGAGGGAGCAAGCAAACACCUCUCCUGGUGAGAGGAUUCUGUAGGGGGCAAUGUUGGUUAUCUAUUAGUAACUUGAUGGUAAAGGACUGCAUUUCAUUAACCACAACCAUAAAAUGAAGUUUACCCUUUCUUGUUAGUAUUGUAUCCAUGAAAUAUCUGUGAUUUCAGCCAGUAAACAGCAGUUUGGUACAAAACUUUUUUUUUUUUUUUUUUGCCAUAAGAAGAAUUGUCAUAACGCCAGAUAUUGGCUUUUUUGGGAUACAAUGCUGAAAUACUUGAAGGGCAAGCACUUAUUAGGAUUCCUGGGGUCAAUUUUAAUUAUUUUUAUUUUCUCCCCCGGCAUUGCAUGAUUUUAACGGAAAUUUACCAAGACGCAAACAAUCUCUGGAUUGUAAAGAGAACACAACUGUUGUGUGAAAUCUAUUUUUUUCUUUUUCUUGGAACGUUUUAUCCAUUUCCUCUCUUUAAUGGUAGCU